AUGGCCCGACGAACCAUUUACCUCGACGCCCUCAACGACACCACCUCCAAAGGCGCUGCAGGCGAGUCCAGUGGCAUCCUCACAUUCUUCAAGGGCGUCGUCCGAGAGGCUCAGACCUGGGUCUCCCGCAGCGGACCAAGCGUCAAGGCGCCAACAAUUGAGAAGCAGGCAUUAUAA